AUGAGUCUUCUUGAGGAUGGGCGGCUUGCAUUGUAUCAUCGAUUUCCCAUGGGAGCAGUACUAUACGAUCCCAGUGAAUUUCCACCAUGUGAAGUGCCUCUUUCUACUGAUGCAGCAGAGCACGGUAUUACAUCUCGAAGACUAAUUCCAUAUGGACACUAUGAAGUUUAUCUUCCUGAUGAUGUAACGGGAGAGUUGCUCCCACUCACUGGGGAAAGUAUGUGCGUUUAUGUCACGAAUUUGCCACCAAACACGACUGCUGAAAUGUUGGGGCGAUAUUUUGAGGCAUUCGAUAUGGUGGCAGAAGCUGAUAUAUUUACAACUGCAUCAGGUGUCUGUAGUGGACGAGGUUGGGUGAUAUUACAGGACCCAACGAAACUCUUAUUAAUUCCUCCUCUACUAGAAUUUUUUCCACGCUACUUUAUUCGUACAGCUCUCAGUGACAAGGCUCCUAUGCGUACAACAAUACAAUCAAUUCCUGCUCCAGGGAUUCAGAUACUUGGUAGUAUUGCUAACUCUUAUACAGAUCCAUCUUUUAAUCGCAGUCGAGGUGGAAACCAUAAACGAUCGAAUGGUAUGGGUGGAUAUAACAAUUCCAGUGCUAGUGCACCCAAACCACCUGCACCAUUGACUGGAAGUGUAUUAAGUACAAGCAUUUAUUACUUUGUUGCCUUUAUACAAAAAAGUGAGAUUGAAAAAUCUGUUGAAAAUGGUGUUUUCUGGCCUAGUCCUGCGAAUCGUCGAGCCUUUUACUCUACUCUUGAUAGAGGUCCUGUCAUUAUUAUAUUUGUUUUGCAAGAGUGUUCUGCUAUCUUUGGUUACGCACGAUUACUUCCUCAGAGGGAUACAAAUAACGGAGGAUCUUCUGCUUGUCCUAUUGAAUGGAUGAAACAUCAUAUUUUUCUUCAAGAAGAAGAUAUGCGAUAUAUUCAAAGUGUUCCUAUCGCUAGAAUAGGUGAUGGAAUCCCACUAAAACCUGAAAUAGGUGACAGUAUAUGUCAGUUGGCAGACCAAUUUCCAGCUUUGACGAGUAUUCCAGAUGGAUUGGGGUAUCAUUCACCCAACGGUAGACAUGUAAUGCGUGGUCCUGCUGCUGUUGCUGCUGCUGCUGGUGGUGGUGGUGGUGCUCAACCGGUUGGUGAAAGAGAUAUAUAUUUAAGGUCCAGCGCAUUGGCAACACCACCACAACCACUUGGUGUGCGAAAUCUACCUCUGAGAGGAGGAGGAGGAAGUAGUGUUAAUUCGGGAGUGAAUAACAGAAGUAGAGUUCCGCCCCGACGACGUAUGUACCAUGAUUGA